ACAAAAUGCUGCUGAAGAAAAUGCUUUGAUGAAGAAAGAGCUAGAAGAGGAGAGAUUCCGGUACCAGAACCUUGUGAAGGAAUAUUCGCGGCUAGAGCAGAGAUACGACAAUUUGCGGGACGAGAUGACGAUCGUAAAGCAAACCCCAGGGCACAGAAGAAACCCAUCUAACCAAAGCAGCCUUGAAUCAGACUCCAAUUACCCGUCAAUUUCUACGUCUGAGGUUGGAGACACAGAAGAUGCCAUCCAGCAAGUGGAGGAGAUUGGUUUGGAGAAAGCCGCCAUGGACAUGACCCUCUUCCUGAAGCUGCAGAAGAGAGUGAGGGAACUCGAGCAGGAGAGGAGGAAACUGCAAACCCAGCUGGAGAAGAAAGAGACUGAAAACAAGAAAUCCCAG